AUGGCAGAAUAUGGAGAGCUUAGACACAUUCUGACGACAGUUUUCCUGUCAGGAUUCGCCGAGUUCUUACUGAGGCCAGUGAUGACUGAUGUCACCGUCGCCGCGGUUUGCUCCGGCCUAAACAGUACAUGUUCUCUCGCCGUCUAUCUCACCGGAAUAGAACAAGUGACGGUAGGACUAGGGACAAUGGUCAUGAUGCCAGUAAUUGGGAAUUUUGCCGACAGAUAUGGAAUCAAAGCAUUGCUCACUGUUCCUAUGUGCCUCUCUAUUCUUCCUCCAGCGAUAUUAGGUUAUAGAAGAGAUACAAAUUUCUUCUACGCAUUUUACAUAACCAAGAUUUUAUUCGAUAUGGUCUGCCAAGGCACUGUUGAUUGUCUCGCUCAUGCUUAUGUGGCGAAAAAUGUUCAUGUAAGAAAAAGAAUAUCAACGUUUGGAGUUUUAGCCGGUGUUAGAUCAAUUUCAGCAGUUUGUGCAACAUUCUCAACUCGUUUUUUACCCAUAGCUUCUACUUUUCAGGUUUCAGCUAUAUCAUUCUUUGCUGGCUUGGUGUACAUGAGAAUUUUCUUGAAAGAGAGAUUACAUGAUGAUGAUGGAGACUAUGAUGAGUAUAAUGGCGGUGGAAAUCAUCACCAUGAGGUUCGUGAUCGUGGUAAUCUAAAGAUGUUAGGAGAGCCCAUUCUAAGAGAUGCACCAACUAACACACCCGUCUAUAGCACUACUACAUAUUCGACUUUGCAAGAUAUGGUCAGCUUGUUAAAAAAUAGCACCAUACUCGUUCAAACAUUGGUUGUGACUUUCUUUGCUACCUUUGCACAAAGUGGAAUGCAGUCUGCUUUCUUGUAUUUUUUAAAAGCUCGUUUUGGGUUCAACAAAAAUGACUUUGCUGAGCUCAUAUUGUUGAUAACCAUCAUUGGUUCCAUCUCCCAGCUAUUUAUAUUGCCGAUAUUGGUUUCUUCCAUUGGAGAACGUAGGGUUUUAUCAACAGGGCUUCUUAUGGAAACCUUCAACGCAGCUUGUCUUAGUGUUUCGUGGUCGGCAUGGGUUCCUUAUGCCACGACCGUGCUUGUACCCGUAGCCAUGUUCGUGAUGCCUUCCGUUUGUGGUAUUGCUUCAAGACAAGUGGGAGCUGGUGAACAGGGAAAGGUCCAAGGAUACAUAUCCGGGGUCAAGUCAUUUUCUGGAGUCGUGGCUCCAUUGAUAUAUAGUCCACUCACAGCAUUGUUUCUAUCCGAAAACGCACCGUUUUACUUUCCUGGAUUCAGCAUUCUAUGCGUUGCACUCUCCUUGUUGAUCGGGUUCCUUAUGAGUCUUCUGAUAAAAGAUGUUCCUUCUACGUCAAUGAACAAAGCAUCAAUAACAAUUGAAAAGGAGGAAGCUUGA